UGCAUCUAUUCGUUUCAUCACACAUAACAAAUCAGCAAGAUGCGUGCGUUAGUUUGUCUUGUACUUAUCGCUCUGAUAUACGGCACUGAAGGAGCUCCUCAUAUUGUCGGCGGUAAGGAUGCUCCAAUCGGCAAAUUUCUGUAUCAAAUAUCAUUGAAGUAUUAUGGCAGCCACAGAUGCGGUGGAUCUAUUAUUGAUAAAAAUAACAUAUUAACCGCAGCACAUUGUGUUGACGGUUUAGAAAAUUUGGUGGGUAAUCUAAAAGUCCAUGCUGGAACAAACUUUUUGGAUAUACCAGGAGAUGUUUAUAGUGUAGAAAAUGUAAGCGUCAACUCUAAUUAUGAUGACUAUUUACUCAUUAAUGAGAUUGCUUUGGUUCACCUUAAAAAUCCUAUCAUGUACAACAAACUAGUGCAACCGAUAAAUCUUAUGACAUCCGAUGAAGAACUCGAGGGCAAGCCGUGCACAUUAUCAGGAUGGGGAACUACUUUGGUAAUAUUGAACUCAUCGAUAUGGAA